AUGUCCAAAGAGGCUUCUAUGUUCCAGGCUGGUGACUUGGUCACCAGCUCAGGCACGGGAAGUAACAACGACGAUCUGACCGUACACGAGCUCCCACUUCCCAAAGAUUUCCGCUGGGGUACUGCUACCGCCGCGUAUCAAGUCGAAGGCGGUGCAAACCAAGAUGGAAAAGGUCAAUCCAUUUGGGAUACGUACACACAUCUCGAGCCCUUGCGGACGAACGGAGCAACAGGCGAUGUAGCCUGCGAUCACUACAACCGAGUAUCCGAGGACAUCAACCUUAUGAAGGUAUGCGGUGUCGACGUUUAUCGCUUCUCUCUGUCCUGGACACGCAUAAUCCCACUUGGAGGCCGCGGAGAUCCGAUCAACGAGAAGGGAAUAGCUUUCUACAACGACCUCAUCGACCGAUUAUUGGCGAGCGGGAUUGAGCCCGUAGUGACGUUAUACCAUUGGGAUGCGCCACAGGCUCUUUACGAUCAUUAUAAGGCUUUUUUGGAUACUGAAUCGUUCACUGCCGAUUUUGCCAACUACGCGCGAUUAUGUUUUGCACGUUUUGGUGAUCGCGUUAAGAAAUGGAUCACGUAUAAUGAGCCGUACAUCAUCUCCAUUUUUGGUCAUGUCAACGGAACCCUUGCACCUGGACAUCGUGCAGAGGAUGGAUUUGACACAAAGAACGAGCCCUGGCGUGUCGGUCAUACACUGGUCAUCUCACAUGCUGUUGUUGUUCAACUCUAUGUGAAAGAAUUCAAGCCUGCACAGCAGGGAGAGAUCUCUAUCGUAUUGAACAGCCAUUUCUACGAACCCUACUCCAAUAAACAAGCCGAUAUUGAUGCAGCGCAGCAACGACUUGAGUUCUACAUUGGCUGGUUCGGCGACCCGAUCUUUCUAGGACAAGACUAUCCUGCCUCGAUGCGAAACUAUUUGGGUGAUAGACUACCCCAUUUUAGCACCGAAGAGUGCAAGCUCCUCCGCGAGACAGCUGCUCUCAAUUCGUUCUAUGGCAUGAACCACUAUUCGACAAAAUUCGCCCGUGCUCUCCCUGAUCCCCCUGAUGAAGACGAUUGGACAGGCAACAUCGAGGAAGGAGCAGUAAACGAAGCUGGUAAGGAAAUAGGUCCCGUUUCGCAAUUUCAAUGGCUUCGUGUCGCGCCUAAUGGCUUCCGCAAGCUGUUGAACUGGGUCUGGAAUCGGUACCACCUUCCUAUUAUUAUCACAGAAAACGGAUGUCCCUGCCCUGGAGAGCAAGAUCUCAAGAUAGCGAUUGAUGACAAGUUUCGUCAAAACUAUUUUGGUCUGUACCUGGAUGCUAUUUCUCGAGCCAUAUACAGCGAUGGCAUCCCUGUCAAGGGUUACUACGUGUGGACGCUCAUGGAUAAUUUCGAAUGGUCGGCUGGAUACCAGCCAAAAUUUGGUAUUGUUCAUGUUGACUUUGAGAGCGGAUUAACACGCACGCCUAAAAACUCAGCAACGUACUUGCGAAAGACUUUUCAGCGAAGAAGACAGGUUGAUGACAAUUGA